UCAGUUGUGCCCCAGUCACUGUACCAAGCUGACAUUUCUGUCACUCACAUCAUCGCCAUGGCAAUGGGUGGGAUAGCAGCUGUUGCCACGUUCUUCGCCUGUGUGGCUUGUGGAGUCCACUAUCGCCACAGACAGAUGGUCAAGGGGUCCAAACUGGACAAGGCACCACACCGCACUGACCAACAGCUGAGCCGACUCCGCCAAGGACAGAUCUCCCUCCCUCUUCCCACAGAAAUGAACCCAAACUAUGACUUUGGCUUCUCCAGUGGCCAGCUGGCAGAGCUGAGGGAUAUCCCUAGGGAUCACCUGAAGCUAGUCAGAGCCUUGGGUCAAGGUGCAUUUGGCGAGGUUUACCAGGGCAACCUGUCCAACGCGUCCAGAGGGUCACGUGACAUCCCAGUGGCCGUCAAGACAUUGCCUUCUCUGUGCACAGACCAAGCUGAGAUGGACUUUUUGAUGGAGGCCAUGAUCAUGAGCAAAUUCCAUCACCCCAACAUAGUACGCUUUAUUGGCGUGUGUUUUGACAAACACCCCCGGUUCAUUGUGCUGGAACUGCUGGAGGGUGGCGACCUGAAAACUUUCCUUAGAGAAGCAAGACCCAAACAGAAUGAAGCCCCCAAGGUCAGUAUGCUGGACCUCCUAAAACUGGCCAUUGAUGUGGCCAAGGGGUGCCACCAUCUUGAAGAACACCACUUCAUCCACAGAGACAUCGCGGCCAGAAACUGUCUGCUGACCAGUAAAGAUGCUGACCGCGUGGCCAAGAUAGCUGACUUUGGCAUGGCAAGAGAUAUCUACAGAGCUGAUUACUACAGAAAAGGUGGGAAAGCCAUGCUGCCAGUGAAAUGGAUGCCCCCAGAAGCAUUCUUGGAUGGAAUUUUCACUUCAAAAACUGAUGUCUGGUCUUUUGGAAUCCUGCUCUGGGAACUGUUCUCUCUUGGCUAUAUGCCGUACACAGGGCGAGGAAACCAGGAUGUCAUGCAACUAGUGACAUCUGGUGGACGUAUGGAUCCCCCUGAAAACUGUCCACCUUCAGUAUAUGCUAUAAUGGUACAGUGUUGGCAUGGGGUGCCUGAAAUGAGACCAAAUUUUGAAUCCAUCAUCCACCAGUUAAACCAGUGUCUACAGGACCCGUGUGUGGUGAAUGGUCGUCUGCCAACAUUCAACAUGCACCACAACCCAGAGCACGACAUAACGAUCAUGCGCCCACACUCCAAUGACCAAGUGGUCUUGACCGUCAAAUCACGAGCUGCCAAUAACGACACAUCUGCCCAAAGCCAGGCAGACUCUGAGGACCCCAGUCAGCCAUUACUGAGCAGUGGCUCUGAGGAGGAGGCGACAGGGGUGUCACAGCAGGAGACACCACAGGGGGGAGAGGUCUUUGACCAAGGGGUACAUCACUAUACAGAGCAGUUCAGUGGUCAGCAGUCCACCCUACGGAGCCCCUUACCUCCGCCCUCACCAGAUCAUGACAUGUUUUCUUAUGUAUCUACAGCUCUACAGCAGAUCCAGAACAGACAAAGCAUGAGUAGCACCAGCAGUAACACCUUCUCUGUCAGUGCAGAGAUACACCAUGGUGAGGAGGAGGGGGGAGAUGAGGACGAGGAGGAGGAGGAGGAUUUCAAUAGAGGAGACAGUAGGAGGGACUAUCAUGUAUCACAACCACUGUUACCAACUGUGGUGGCUCAGUCUCUGUUACAAGUGAAUGAUUCUCAGCCACUCAGUGUCCAGAGGUCAAGUCAAAGGUCACUCAGUGACCCGAGGUCAGGCCAAAGGUCAUCCUCCAAUGUGUCCAGCUUGUGUUCAAUGGAUCUGAGUCCGGGUUUCACCAGCCUCAAUUCCUCCCUGAAUCUCACUCCCAGUGUGCAUUCCAGCAGCUCUUCUGUGUUCUAUGCCAGUAAAACAAACACUAGGUGCUCAGACUGUAGUCAGGAACAGAGCACAACCACCACUGGUGAAAGGUCCACUCCUGUGAGUCAAAGGCUUUCUCAAAGUCAAUUAAAUCUGAGUACAGAGCAGGGGACAUCGAACAGUGCUCUGGACAGACCUUAUUUAUCUAGGCCCUGGUCACAUGACUCGUCUACCAUACCCAGCCAGGUGCUGGUACGGCUGACGGCCAUGCAGAAAGGCAACGAUAAACACAGGAGUGAUUCUGGUGUGGAUAUGGACAACAAAUCAGACACUGUCAUUCAGCUGUCAGCCACUGAGGAUUGUACUUGGAUAUAGGGGAAUUUAAAGUUGUCAGACAUUGAAUUUGAAAUUAAGGGAUGAUUGCCCAUGCUAGUAAAUCAGAUACUGAAAGUUAUGAAUCAAGGAAGAUUAGAUUUAUGAGGUUUAGGGUAUGAUAAUCGCUGAGCGAAUGUUAUGAUAGUGUUUAGAGGCACUCAGAGCUGGUGCAGAUAAAAAGUCAGUUACACGUCUCAUAUUGUGAACAUUUGUAAUUAACGUUAAUUAAUGCUCCAAAUAACUUGAUUUCAAAAAUUGGAGCAAGAGUAUGAUAAACAUUACAUCAAUCAGUAUUACAGAGGAUAAGGUAAUUUUUUUUCAAAAUAUUAUCUAUAACCAUUUGAUAUUUUUCCAUGCAUGAAAAAAGAUUGGUCUGAUACAUACAUCAGUAAUUGUCUUGAAGGGUAAUAUGAGCUUUUAUAUAGUAACUGGUAAAGUUGUAUAAUCAGUCAGUUGAAACCCAUCAAUUUAAAAUGAUGUGAUUAAAUUGAAACCAGAUACAACAUUGUUGAAAUAAUAACUGAAAAAAUUGUUUUUACUGAUAUCUUGUUUGUGCAGAUCUCACAUUGUUAUGAUGCUUAUUGUUAAGUUGUGUGUAAAGCUCUUUGUAUUGUACAGUAUUUCCAUAUCUAAUACCAUAAAGUUCUUUAUAUCCUAUAUGUUAUAAUAACAGUUGUUUUGUAUUUUAAUAUUCAUAAAUUAUAUUAGGACCUAGUCUCGGGAGAUUCUAGGGCUUGGAAACUAAUUUAAUUUAAUUUAAGUCAUUGUUAGUGAUUCUUUAAAAGAAUGACUUAAUUGCAAAAAAUGGCAAGGAUGAAGCAUCUCUUAUAAAGCUGAGGUGCUGGUUGAAAAUGAUUAUUUAUUAUGAUUUCACUACUUAAUGCGGUUUGUAGUGGUAAGCAUGAUCGGAUGUGUAAAUAGUUUUACUUUGUAUCUGCUCUUUAAUGCAUUAAAAUGAAAAUAAAAAUUAAAUCAAGAUCUCA